CUUCCCAGGAUGUAUCCCAACACCAAGUUUAACCGGACUUUCCUCGGAGACUUCUUCUAUGUCCCACCUAAAGACGCGAAAAGCCCCCCGGACCAGCCGCAGCCUAAGGGCGACCUCCGGCGGAGUAAGUACGAAGUGCAGGUGCUUCCGGCCGGGCCGCCCCAGGAUGCACCAUUCAUGCAGCAGGCCGACUUCCGGAAACUCCGCCCGUCGUACGAGAAGGAGCUGGCGAUAAGGAACUCCCUCAACAAGUUCGGCAGGAAGUUCACAGGCGAUCCCGGCUACAAGCCCCGCGGUGUCCCGCCCACCAAGACGGAGCUUCCAGACGUCCCGAAGAAACCGCCGCCUCCACAGAAGCCCAAGAGGAAGACUUCUUAUCCUUCACUAGACUUCAAGACGUUACCUGAGCUCUAUCAAGAAAACCUGCGUAAGAAGGAGCAUGCGCGGCAGCAGCAGGAGAAGGAGGAGCGGCAGAAAAAACGGCGGGAAAAACAGAAGCAGGAGGCUGAUGACGUCAUCAGGCUGCCGCAGCUGGCCCACGCCGCGCUGCAGAAGAUGCACGACAUCAACAAGCAUAAGCGUACCGUACCGGGCAGAGAGAGCGGCAUGCGGCUGGUAGAAGCCCGGCACUCGGGAGCCUGGCGCCCGCCGGCACAAGUCUACACGCCGCCAUGGCCGCACCACAUCCCACACAAGGACGGAGACCCCCUCAUCCCGUUCGAAGCCAUGUACCCCACACCAGAGUUUGUGAAGAAAGAGCGCCGUGAGAAGGCCCGCACGCACGUCCCGUACCCGCACAACCAGUCCUGGCGCCCGCCUGCCGACGUGAGAACGCCGCCAUGGCCGCACAAGGUUCCCGAGGACAAGCGCAUCACCUGUCCUAGGGAGUUCCAGCACUACGUACAGUACCACAUGAUGCCCGGCUUGUACAGUGCAGAUUCGGGCAUGAGGCCGAAGGUCCGGAAGGUGAAGCCGAAGAAAGUCCGCGUGGAGCGGCCGGACAUCUGGAGCUUCGACUCGCAGAGAUUCGUGUACAGGUCCAUGCACCCUGCACUGCAAAUAUAAACCGCUAGG